CUACGUCUAUGGUUUCUGCUUAAUAAUUGAUGACGACGACCUCAAAGGGUGCGUUUCUUUACAUAUAUCCUGCGAUCGUUUUAAAAGCUCUAACACAAGUACGACAUAAUUAUUUUCGCAAAAUGUCUGAGAGGAUGAGGUUGUUCCAUUUUGCAAAGCUAAGCAUGACGGUCGUUUGUAUGUGGAGGCUGGAUCGACCGCCUCUUUCCAAAUUUGCUAAUUUAAUGUACCAAUUGUAUUCUGUUGUUCUGCGUGCAAUUUUGUGUUCGGUACCGGCUUUGAUGGCUGUCAAUUUUCCCAGUCUUUUGAACAGCGAUCCAAAUUCAGCUAUCGAAGGAGCAUCCAAAAUGCUCUACUGCAUGAUUUUAGUUGUGAAGGCGUAUUCUUAUCAGUCAAAUAAAUGUAGAGAUUUAUUAGCAAAAGCGACAGAAGAAGAGUCGAGUUUGUAUGAUAUAGACGACGACGACGUCACUAGAAUUUACAAGGAACACGUCAGAUUUUGUCACAUGUUGAGCAAACUAUUCUACAUCUCCAGUAUACUUUCUUCCUCGACUCUGUGUGCCAUUGCGAUUGUCAAUAGCUACAAAUUUUCGAAAAUCGUCGACGGAGUCGGAGAAAAGCCCACCCCUCUGUUGUUCUGGUACCCGUUCGACAAAAACCGGUACCACAUUUGGGUGAUGGUUCAUCAAUUCAUAUCUAUCCUCGUGGCCAGCUGCUACGUUUUGCCCAACAACGUUUACUACAACUCAGUAAUGAUUUACGUGAGGAGUCGCCUGCGAAUACUCCAGCACUAUUUCAGAAACUAUCCUCAAUACGCACUCAGUGGCAGGCUGACAACUUUGCAAAUGUUGAAUGUGCUGUGUGUGAAACACCAGGACUUAAUUAAUUACAUAAAUGACGUUAAUUGCUCCGUCAGAGAUGCAGUAUUUUUUGAAUACAAUGUCAUUUCAGUAAUACUGGCUACAAUUUUAUACCAAGUCGUCCAAGGCCAAGACACAUUGUUCAACAGCAUCUUCGCAUUUGUCGUAUGCAUUCAGUUGAUGAUCCUAGCGUGGACUUCUGAUGAAAUCGCGUUACAGAGCUCCAGUUUGGGAGCGGCGCUUUACGAAAGCAAAUGGUUCGAUCAAAGCCAAGAGUCGAAAGUUCUGAUCGGAAUCAUGAUGAUGGGUUGUCGCAAGCCGCUCAGUAUUAGCAUAGGACCGUUCGGACCGAUGACUAUGUUGUCGGCUAUGUCGGUAUGUAAAAAGCGAAAUAAAUGUGCCCCAAUGGUGUUUCUAUCCUAAAACAUGUUAAACGCCACUAUUUCAGAAUUAUUCAACACUAUUUUAAACUGUAUUUCCGAGUGAUCGAUUGUUAUAAUACGUGAUGACAGUGACAGUUUAAGAUGGCGGUUGGAUAGAACCAUUUAUUUGGAUAAUACGAUAUUUAUUCUACAAAAUAAAAACAAAUAACAACCUUAGCCAAGUUACUUUUUUUCACAAUAGAAAAACUUAAACAUUUUUGUUAAUAUGCAUGUUUCCAUUUUAGCGACUAAAACUGGCGUACUCCUAUAUGUCAGUGAUGACGUCCUAAUCUGACUGCAAAAAUUCGGCUGCUUUUGUAAUAUCACAAGAUUAUUGAAUCAAAUCCACCUUUAAAUCAAAACGCCUUUUCUUCUUAGUUUAUAGGACUGACUAAAUUUUUGGUAUUUGUCUACUCUUUUUAAUAAGUCAUUUUAAGUUUUCGCAUUUUUUACUAAAAUCGAAUGUUACCUUCAUUAAGAAGUUAACCAAAAUUAUUAAAUUAUUUUUUGGUUGUGUUACAUUUCUCAAAUGUGCCUUGAAAUAGAAAACAUUGUCAAUAACGCUACCUUAGAGUAAAUAAAUUUUGUCUUGUUGAAACCUUACAUUUAAUUUUAAUCACUUCUUUCUCUCUUUCUUUGACUUCACAACUCUGGGUGAAUUUUGCAGAGUUUACUACAUGCAUUUUCCUUUUUCCAUGGCCUUUCCAAUGUUAUCACUCCCCACCAUUACUCACUCACCACACUAGAUUUGUCAAUCUGUUGCCUGGUAUUUUUCUGACUACUGUAAUUUUCUGACCUUUCCUACGCUCAUUAUAUCACCAUCUGUAGACACCUCUCGUUAGUUUAUAUUCGGUAUUGUCCUGUUGCUUCUUGCUUGGUUGAGCCGAAUAUUUUACUCCGCACCUUCCUUUCAAAUAUCUUUAGUCGUUCUUAGUGUAGUUUUUGUGGUUGCAGUUCCUUUGAUAACGUCAUUAAACCUUGAACACCAAAGGGGCAUGUGCUUGUUUUUAGCUUGGACCCUUGUAUUUAUUUGUUUCGGGAUAUCAUUGUCUUCCUAAAUACUUGCGUCAGGUAUUUGAAUUGUUUUACCCGUUCAAAGUUGUAAUUAUUAAUAGAGAAGUUUUGUACUAUCCUAUCUUUGUCGUGGCCAUUCUUAUUGAGAUACAUAUAUUUGGCAAAACAAAUCUAUUAAGGAUAUAUUAGAUCCUUUUUAAGUCAACUUUUUUGUUUGAUAUCAGGUAAUAGAGUUUCUAGGUAUAUUUUAUAAUUAAAAAACCACCAUUGGAGAGUAAACAUAUCAAUAAGUAGACGGUGCAAUAUCGUUUUUUUUUAGUAAACAUAUAUUCCAUUUUAGGGAAAAUAAAAAAACUAAAAUAUCUUUUUUAAAAUCAAUGAAGUGAUAAAUAAGUGUAGAGUUAUUUUGACUUUAAAUGAUAUCUUUGAAAAAUCCAUAUUAGUCUCAAUGAAACGUUGGGUUCCAUCGCUUUUUGACCUAACCUUAUAUACCAUGUAUAAAAUUGAAUAAAAAUUUUAAGGCUAUGACAUGUUAUUUAGAUGGUAAUGGUAUAUUUCUUUAAAAUUUAUCCAAACAAAAACAAGUUACACAUGGCGAAAAUCACAAUAAAAUAGCAUAUAACAAAGAAAAUUUUAUGUUUUAAAAUCUUCUUCACUCGUUAUCUAUGAUUUAGUUUGAGAAAUAAAUGGGUAACAUUACAUCCAUUCGUCCGACGGUGUCCAACCAUGUCACCAUUUUAAGUGGUGUUUUUUUUUCGAUGUAUAGAACUUUAAGUUGCAAUAAAACAACGAUGGAUUAUUCGAUUGGCAUGAAUUUUAUUUAUCCGAAAGAUAAUCUUGUGGCAUUACAUUUUAAAUAUGAUUUCUGACAUAUGACCGCCACGGCUGGCGCGGAUUUAGUCCAAUCUGGACGUCCAAUUUUCGAUGACUUUUUCCAACAUGUGUGGUCGUAUAUCGGCAAUAACAUCGGAAUGUUGUCUUCCAAAUGGUCAAGCGUUUGUGGCUUAUCCGCAUAGACCAAUUACUUUACAUAGCCCCACAGAAAGUAGUCUAGCGGUGUUAAAUCACAAGAUCUUGGAGGCCAAUUCACGGGUCCAAAACGUGAAAUUAGGCGGUCACCAAACGUGUCUUUCAAUAAAUCGAUUGUGGCACGAGCUGUGUGACAUGUUGCGCCGUCUUGUUGAAACCACAUCUCCUGGACAUCAUUGUUAUUCAAUUCAGGAAUGAAAGAGUCAGUAAUCAUAGCUCUAUACCGAUCACCAUUGACUGUAACGUUCUGGCCAUCAUCGUUUUUGAAGAAGUACGGACCAAUGAUUCCAUCAGCCCCACAAAGCACACCAAACCGUCAGUUUUUCUGGAUGUAACGGUGUUUCGACAUACACUUGAGGAUUAGCUUCGCUCCAAAUGCGGCAGUUUUGUUUGUUAACGUAGCCAUUCAAUCAGAAGUGCGCUUCAUCGCUAAACAAAAUUCUCUUAUGAAAAUCGGGAACCAUUCGACGAAUGUACGCCUUACUUGAUGAUCGUUUGGCUUCAAUUCUUGCACGAGUUGGAUUUUGUAAGCAUGUAAACCAAGAUCCUUCCGCAAAAUCUUCCAUAAAGUGGAUGGACACAGAUCCAAUUCUUGUGCUCGAUGGCGGAUGCACUCAUUCGGGUCUUUCUCAAUGCUACGCUCUACAGCAGUCAUAGAUUCUUGUGUACGCACCGUACGGCGUCUCUGAGGAUGCGAGUUAUCAAUAAGAGUAAACGUGGUGCGAAAACGUUCCAUGGUUAAUCGAAUUAACUGCUCUGAUGGACGAUUUUGUCGACGAUAAAAUGGACGUAGUGCGCGAUACGUAUUCCGCACAGAACCGUUAUUUUCGAAAUAAAAUUGCACUAUUUGCAUGCGUUGUUCAGGCGUGAGUCUAUUCAUGAUGAAUUGCCAAACCAAACUGAGAAUAAAUCACUUGACAGCUGUUAAAUCGAUCGCCAUCUUGAACAGUAAUGCCAACUUAAAGUUCUAUACAUCGAAAAAACACCCAUUAUAUGGUCCACACUUUCUGUAACCAGGAAAUUAUUAAUUUUAUAUCUUUAUAUUAAUAAAAAACCUUAUGAGCCGACCCCACAAGCAUUAACUUAAUUGGCAAUUAGUAAAUUAUAGACAAAAUUUCCAUUACAAUAAUUAACUUUUACCUGGGGCUCUAAAAAAUGCAAAUUUGUUAAUAUUCAUAUACAGUGUGUAUCAGCAUUGGCUUUAGAUGCUGUGUCAAAAAUUGUACGUAACUUUUGAACAACAUGGAGGAAAGAAAAUAUCUUCUUAUUAUAACAUUGUGCUAAUAGAAGAAAUAGUUUUGGUUAGUUUAUAUAGAAAAGUUUUAAAUACAAAUGUUGUUUGCUUGAAUGUCAUGAAAAAUAUUUACCAUUACAUUACAUUAUACAGAAGUUGGGAGACUAUGACUUGUUAAAAGUAAGGAGGUAAAAAAAUGUUUUUUUUUUCAUUUUAUUUAUCAAUUUAUUUAUUUAUUAAUUUGUGGCACAGGCCAUUUGUAAAUAUACCACGGACUAGGUUAAAAUACAGAAAUCUUAAAUGUAAUAUUUAUAACAAAACAUUGAUUAUUUAUUUCACUUAAGAAACUUCCAUCCACACUUUUUUUCGCGCACUUUAGUAAAUGCACAGAUAAAAGUAAACACAUUAUAGCAUAAUAACAGAACGUUUCAUUUGAAAAGAUUUCGCAGCAUUGGAUGUAGUGCAAAUUUUGAAGAUAAACCGAUGCAAAAAUAAAACUGUUUUCCCAAAGCAAAAUUAUUUUCCAAACGAAUCACGUUAUAGGUUCAACAAAGUGAGCAGCUUUUAUCUCAUUUAACCGAAUUAACAACUCUUACCGUUUUCGAGAUAAUGCCGAUUUCAUGAUCUGGUCGGAUAUUGGAUGCUGUUUCUAUACACAUUUUCAAAAAAAUCAUGAAAAGUCGCUGCUAUAGUGCUAACAGUAUUUGACUGUAAUCUGGACAUCUCUUCUAAACUGUCUUAAUAGAUAAUUCAUAAUAGGUAUUCUAUUGUCUCACGCGUUCAACCCCCGAUAACCACAAGCCAAGAGUUGCAAAUCUGUAAUUUCUGUGUAACACAUGUGUGGUUUACAAACUACAGGGCACCGUACGUUGAUACUCGGAUUUUCUGCCACAUCCCCCUUUUUCACAUAAUUAUAGGGGAAGACGAGUACAUGUCAAUAAUGCCGUUUCGUCAGUAGCGCGCUUUGACAAUUUUCUUAUGCCAUGAGUGGGAUCCCGAAAUGAAAGUUAUUGCAAGAAUUGUGACCUAAUGAUAUUCCUUAAUUGUAAUCAAAAUCUAAACUUGAAACAUGACGGAGAAGGACGGAAGGUUAGGUUUUGUCUAUUCUAAAAGCAACCUCGAUGACAAGGCAAGACUUUAUCUAUGCUAAGAGUAUCCCAUCACAAAUGCGAAAAUUAUGGAACAGGUGAAUAAAGACCAUCGAUGACAAUUAAAACGAAAAAAGGAAGUUAUCAGCUGGUCGCUGCAAUAUGUUCGAAGUUUUUGGAAUUUGUUAAUAUUCUCCAUAUAACCAAUCAAAACAUGGGAUAAAUCUCAAAUAAAGGCAAUGGAAUUCGAAAUAAGUGGUUUUUAUAGAAGCCAAAAAUUUUGGGCAGUGGGGGCCUGGGAGGAAGGAAAUUUGUGUGCUAGCGCAGAGUAAGGAAGUUUACUACGAAAUCAUCGACGAGCUCCAUUGAAGGCACUCUAAUAAGUUCCUCGGGAUAAUAGUUUGACAUGGUUAGGAAUUUUUUAUGGUAGACGUCAGCUGUGAAAAUGAAGCUUUCCUAAAUAAAUUCCUCAAUAAGUAAAAUUCAACCUGGCACUCGAAAUUUUCGAACUUCCAAAAGAAGAAAAUCAAAUGACCCAUCUAAAUGUAAAACGCUGAAGAAAACGGGGAAAGUUAGCAAUUGGUCGCCGCAGCUGGCAGCAUGUUGGUCAACAUUGAGCAUUCAUACCACCUCGUUGCUGCAAAUAAGCUGAGAGAACGUAAAUUAGUAAUCAAGUGAAAUUAAAGCCGUUCCGGAGUCUUUUCUGUGUU